CAUGACGUUUCUUUUUCACAUUGUACCCUCCCCUAGACAAGCAUCUGGAUCCUGAUUGACUUCUCCUUGAACAGCCCAUCUCGUUCUCGUAGGUUAUCACAACAAAGGCUCGUUCCUACGUGAGGAAUAGCCUAGCGAAAUUCACCACACUAUAUAUACCUUAGUUGUUGUCUCAACGUUACUCACCGAGUACUCCCCAGACACACAAGCUACACAAAAUGGCGGCAGAAGACAGAGUCAUAGGCAACAUUGCGACACUUCAAGACAAAGUCGCCGUCGUCACCGGUGGUUCAAGUGGUCUCGGCAGAGCGAUAUGUCUUGCGUACGCUGCUGCCGGGGCUUACAUUGUCAACGCCGACCUGAGACCUGACAUCCCCGACCAGAAAACCAUUGGAGCUCGACCGAUCAAUGCGAACAUGGAUCUCGUCACUCCGACGGUCGAACUCGUCACCAAAAGAUGGCCGAGUCAGAAAUCUGGGGUUCCGAGGAUCGUGUACAUCAAGUGCGACGUCACCAAGGAGGAGGACGUUCGUGGUGCUGUGGCGGAGGCGGUCAAGGUGUUUGGAAGGUUGGACAUAAUGGUCAACAAUGCUGGUAUAGCCGCCGAAGCAUCAGCAAAGGAACUGGGCAAAGAUAUGAUCCGAACCCACGAGACCGACGUUUCGGUCCUCGACAAGACUCUGGCCAUCAACACUCGCGGUGCGUGGCUGGGUACCAAGUACUCCGUCACUCAGUUUCUCGCCCAGGAACCUCAUCCGGUUUGGGGGCGGUCUCCCUUCAACGAGGCCGAGAUCCACCGCGGAUGGAUCGUCAACACGGCUUCGAUCAUGGGAAACGUCGGCAUGGCAGGCGCCACGAGUUACUGUGUGUCCAAGGGAGGCAUCAUGCAGUUGACCCGUGCCACCGCGCUCGAGUACGCAAAGGACGGCAUCCACAUCAACGCCCUCCAACCCGGGUUUGCCGACACUGCCAUCCUCGACACGAUGAUGCAAAAGACGCCCGGGGUGGAUGCGGCUCUGAGUAUGUUGCACCCUUGGGGAAGGACGGGGAGACCGGAAGAGAUUGCGAGGGCCGCGGUGUAUCUUGCUGGAGAGGGAGCAAGUUGGGUGACUGGUACGAGUGUGGUUAUUGACGGAGGUUAUAUUGCGCAGUGAGGUACCC